UAACUCUCAGCUCACCACGGCAGCAGGGAGAAAUCUACUCUACGAGUCUGAAGUUUGCUGCCAAAGAACUUUAAAGCGUUUUCACCCUCCUGACACACUCAAGACAACUGUGAACAGUCACCUAUCCAGCGACUGAGCAUUUGGAUUUAUUUUAUUAGAGCGAGUCUGGAGAAACAUUGAAGGUGUUUCAUUUCCAGACGAACUGAGAGCUGACCUCUUCAUGCCCUCACAGACAACCCUCUGAACCUCUGCUUGACUCCACCUCUUCUUCUCUUGUCUGUGUGGCGCCCGGUGCUACCCAGGCUACCUAGAGAGUGGGCACAGCGCCAUGGUAACUUACAGCAAGUUUGACUCCGCAAUGAGCAGCAGCCUCUUGGACUCCAACAUGCGGCUGCCUCAGCGUUACAAGACUUUCACCAAGACUCAGUUCCCGAUGGUAGUUGCCACACUCCAAAAGCUCCAGGAGAGUGGCUUCUACUUGGGCCCUGUCACCGGGAAGGAGGCCAACGCCAUGCUGGCAGCCGAGACCACCGGCACCUUCCUCAUUCGGGACAGCUCCGACAACCGACACUUGUUCACCCUCUGCGUCAAGACAGAGUUAGGCACCAAGAAUCUGCGCAUCCAGUAUGACGCAAGUUCUUUUUACCUUCAGACAGACCCUAAGAACAUUAGCUCUGUUCCCCACUUUGACUGUGUCCUGAAGCUAAUCUAUUACUACAUGCCUCAGAGCAAGGGGAACACUCGUGGUGGGAAUAUAUACUACAUUCACUGUGGAAAAGAGAAGAUCCCUCUGGAGCUCAUCAAACCUCUCUCCUGCAGCUUGUCCACCUUGCAGCAUUUGUGCAGGAAAACCGUCAAUGGGCAUUUGGACAUUUCUUCUAAAACAGACAAACUUCCUCCUACUCUUCAGAAGUUCCUCAAUGAUUAUGACUCUCCUAUCUAGAGGUGUUGAACUGAUGCUCUCGAAGGAGCAAACACUUAAGAGUGUAACAACGAAACUGGAUGGUUUCAGUUGACGACAUGUGCUGUGUCAGAGGAGUGAGGAUUAAGCAGAGACAAGAGAGUCAAGCCCCAGGACUGAGCUUGUGAAAAGGAGCAGAAUAUCUGGCGAGAUUUGUGUAGUUCUCAGAGAAAAGUGGACAUCAGCCUUUUAAGGUCCACAUUUCAGGAAGAGACACUGGAUUGAUGAGGACUAAUCCACAAAGGGAAGAGAGAAAGCUCUGCUGUAAUCUCGUGGUAUGAAAGAGAGAUAACCCUGUCGUCCUCCUCUGCCUCACUGAUGACGUACAACUUACUGAAAACUGAAGUGAGGUUCACAGUCAGCUGUCUACAGUCUGAUGAAACACAGGUUCCUUCUGCUGCUGCUGCUAACCAAUGUGCCGUGAAGGCUGUCAAGCUCACACACAUCAGCCUCAGAAAAUCAUCCAUCCAUUAAAGCUGGAUUGGCUUUGAUGAUCAGAGUGGCUUUUGUGCUGACAUUGGAUGCUAACCCUCUUCAAUGUAUUAGACAUGUCCAUCCAGCAACCUGGGAUCUCUGACCAAGUGUACGCUGGAAGUUAACAGACAGUGGAAACUUAUUGUACUAAUGAGUGGACCCUGGUCUCCGUCUGGGUGCAUAUUUGUGCCAGCAACGAUGGGAAAGGGCUUAACUUUUGAACUGAAUCUUGUAAGAUAGUUUAAGACCAUAAAAAGUGGAAAGAAGGAUAUGUUUCUGAAAUUCUGUUUAGAGGAAGUGUUUAUGCCAAACUUGCCUGAACUAGACAACAGCUUGUUGGAAGACCAACAUGACUGAAUCCUACAGUUAUUAAGCCUCAGAGUCAAUAUUUUGUACGAUGUCAGUGAGGAAAUGCCUACCAAAAGAUGUGGUAGUAUCUGUGGCACAAACAGGAUUGUUACUGCUUGCAAAUGAAUGUAUUAAAUAUGUUAUCACUCUUUUCCAAACAAGGAGAAGAGUAAAGAUGUAUCUUUUCCUUAAAAAUGAUGUUUACAUGAGUGAAAAUGAAAUGGUAAAUCUGUUAUUGUGCUGUCUUUUGUAAAGAUGUAACUUUGCCAGCCAAACCACUGUGGCUGUGGAUGCUUGAAGAUGUUUGACGAAGCAAGCAGACUGAUACAACUUUGCACUUAUUUAUAUUCGUAAGAACAUUUCAUUAAUUUAUAAUAAAGAGCACUAUUUUUCUAUGAAA